ACACAGCGUAGGUACAACAUGGAUUAGAGGUAAGGGGAAAACUGACACUCAGUGAAGGACCGUCAGAGGGCCGGCUUCCAGGAAAAUGGGCAGCAGCAGGCACGGAAACACAAGGAUCUAUCGUGCAACUCGGAGAACCCUUUUCAAAAGAAGCUACCCAAUCCCAAACCUUCCCUUUUUUUCCAAAGAGAGGGAGGAGAUAAAUAGACUCAAUUAAUCCGUCGACUUUUUCUCCGCCCAUGUUUUUCUCCAGUCCUUACCAAAGAUGGCGCCCUUCGCUUCCUCUCUCGGCAGCACGCAGGUCCCGGGAGCCUCUACCCGACCUCUCUAUGAUACGUCCUCCAGCCCCGCUCCCGCCGUGAGGGGCGGGGCUUGCCUGGAGGCGGGGCGCAGGGAUCCGGAAACACCUGAUCAUCUAUAGGUUUAGUGCUCAGGGGGUGUUGUUCCUGGCUAGACUUGAUGUCCAGGGUUUGAGGGGCUUUCUCGCCGAGUCUCUUGGGGCGGUCCGGCGGCUCGUGCUCUGUUGUGGGGCCCCCAUUUGCCGCCGCCAUGCCCACGGCCGCCGCCCCCAUCAUCAGCUCGGUCCAGAAGCUGGUUCUGUAUGAGACUAGAGCUAGAUACUUUCUAGUUGGGAGCAAUAAUGCAGAAACGAAAUAUCGUGUCUUGAAGAUUGAUAGAACAGAACCAAAAGAUUUGGUCAUAAUUGAUGACAGGCAUGUCUAUACACAACAAGAAGUAAGGGAACUUCUUGGCCGCUUGGAUCUUGGAAAUAGAACAAAGAUGGGACAGAAAGGAUCCUCGGGCUUAUUUCGAGCGGUUUCAGCUUUUGGUGUUGUGGGUUUUGUCAGGUUCUUAGAAGGCUAUUAUAUUGUGUUAAUAACUAAAAGGAGGAAGAUGGCGGAUAUUGGAGGUCAUGCAAUCUAUAAGGUCGAAGAUACAAAUAUGAUCUAUAUACCCAAUGAUUCUGUACGGGUUUCUCAUCCUGAUGAAGCUAGGUAUCUACGAAUAUUUCAAAAUGUGGACCUAUCUAGCAAUUUUUACUUUAGUUACAGCUAUGAUUUGUCCCAUUCACUUCAAUAUAAUCUCACUGUCUUGCGAAUGCCCCUGGAGAUGUUAAAGUCAGAAACGACCCAGAAUCGCCAAGAGAGCUUUGACAUCUUUGAAGAUGAAGGACUAAUUACACAAGGUGGAAGCGGGGUAUUUGGGAUCUGUAGUGAGCCUUAUAUGAAAUAUGUAUGGAAUGGUGAACUUCUGGAUAUAAUUAAAAAUACUGUGCAUCGUGACUGGCUUUUGUAUAUUAUUCAUGGGUUCUGUGGGCAGUCAAAGCUGUUGAUCUAUGGACGACCAGUAUAUGUCACUCUAAUAGCUAGAAGAUCCAGUAAAUUUGCUGGCACCCGUUUUCUUAAAAGAGGUGCAAACUGUGAGGGUGAUGUUGCAAAUGAAGUGGAGACUGAACAAAUACUCUGCGAUGCUUCUGUGAUGUCUUUCACUGCAGGAAGUUAUUCUUCUUACGUACAAGUUAGAGGAUCUGUGCCCUUAUACUGGUCUCAGGACAUUUCAACUAUGAUGCCUAAACCACCUAUUACAUUGGAUCAGGCAGAUCCAUUUGCACAUGUGGCUGCCCUUCACUUUGACCAGAUGUUUCAGAGGUUUGGCUCUCCCAUCAUCAUCUUGAAUUUAGUGAAGGAACGAGAGAAAAGAAAGCAUGAAAGAAUUCUGAGUGACGAACUUGUUGCUGCUGUGACCUAUCUCAACCAGUUUUUGCCUCCUGAGCACACUAUUGUUUAUAUUCCCUGGGACAUGGCCAAGUAUACCAAAAGCAAGCUGUGUAAUGUUCUUGAUCGACUAAAUGUGAUUGCAGAAAGUGUGGUGAAGAAAACAGGUUUCUUUGUAAACCGCCCUGAUUCUUACUGUAGCAUUUUGCGGCCAGAUGAAAAGUGGAAUGAACUAGGAGGAUGUGUGAUUCCCACUGGUCGCCUGCAGACUGGCAUCCUUCGAACCAACUGUGUGGACUGUUUAGAUCGCACCAACACAGCACAGUUUAUGGUGGGAAAAUGUGCUCUGGCCUAUCAGCUGUAUUCAUUGGGACUGAUUGACAAACCUAAUCUACAGUUUGAUACAGAUGCGGUUAGGUUAUUUGAGGAACUCUAUGAAGAUCAUGGUGAUACCCUAUCCCUUCAGUAUGGUGGUUCUCAACUUGUUCAUCGUGUGAAAACCUACAGAAAGAUAGCACCAUGGACCCAGCACUCCAAAGACAUCAUGCAAACCCUGUCUAGAUAUUACAGCAAUGCUUUUUCAGAUGCUGAUAGACAAGAUUCCAUUAAUCUCUUCCUGGGAGUUUUCCAUCCCACUGAAGGGAAACCUCAUCUCUGGGAGCUCCCAACAGAUUUUUAUUUGCAUCACAAAAAUACCAUGAGACUUUUGCCAACAAGAAGAAGUUAUACUUACUGGUGGACACCAGAGGUGAUAAAGCAUUUACCAUUGCCCUAUGAUGAAGUUAUCUGUGCUGCGAACUUAAAGAAGUUGAUAGUGAAGAAAUUCCACAAAUAUGAAGAAGAGAUUGAUAUCCACAAUGAGUUCUUUCGGCCAUAUGAGUUGAGCAGCUUUGAUGAUACCUUUUGCUUGGCUAUGACAAGCUCAGCACGUGACUUUAUGCCUAAGACCGUUGGAAUUGAUCCAAGUCCAUUUACUGUGCGUAAACCAGAUGAAACUGGAAAAUCAGUAUUGGGAAACAAAAGCAAUAGAGAAGAAGCUGUAUUACAGCGGAAAACGGCAGCCAGCGCCCCGCCACCCCCCAGCGAGGAGGCUGUGUCCAGCAGCUCUGAGGAUGACUCUGGGACUGAUCGGGAAGAAGAGGGCUCUGUGUCUCAGCGCUCCACUCCCGUGAAGAUGACCGAUGCAGGAGACAGCGCCAAAGUGACCGAGAAUGUGGUCCAACCCAUGAAGGAGCUAUAUGGAAUUAACCUCUCAGAUGGCCUCUCAGAAGAAGAUUUCUCCAUUUAUUCAAGAUUUGUUCAGCUGGGGCAGAGUCAACAUAAACAAGACAAGAAUAGCCAGCAGCCCUGUUCCAGGUGCUCAGAUGGAGUUAUAAAACUAACACCCAUCUCAGCUUUCUCACAGGAUAACAUCUAUGAAGUUCAGCCCCCAAGAGUAGACAGAAAAUCUACAGAGAUCUUCCAAGCCCACAUCCAGGCCAGCCAAGGUAUCAUGCAGCCCCUAGGAAAAGAGGACUCCUCCAUGUACCGAGAGUACAUCAGGAACCGCUACCUGUGAAAAGAGCGCAGGUCCACAUGGUGGCCACAUCUGAUUAGCUUAGAACCUGUCUUGUCUCAUCUUCAAAAGGUAACUUAUUAAAAGUCCUUUGCGUCUGAAGCCUUUCCCCUUUUCUGUCACUUGCAAAUUCCAAAUUAUAGCUAAUAAAGAUGACUAGAUAAUU